UAAGGCAGGGAUAUCAUAUAGACUCUGAUAUGGACAUGAACAGGAUGGUUCAUUUUAUAUUGCCAAUAAUUGUGAUUUGUAAAGGGUUGAUAUUAUAUAACGAUGAUGAUAAAUUACAAUUUACACUGCAUAUCGAUAUAGAUUAUAAUUUACAAAAUU